UUUGUAUUUCUCAGUUUUAAUUAAUUUCACUGUGAAAGUAACUAACAUCGUGGAAUGUUACACAGGGCUUCAGACUUGUACUUUGAUUCUUUGGAACGAGCAAAGUAAUGGAAAAUAGAUAUUAAGGUGGAGACUGAAUCCACUAGGACUACAUCAGAAUCCAGUUGCAGGCUGUUGUGAAUCAUUGGGUUCCGUAAAGGUCUGGGAAUGUUAUGGCCAGCUGAGUGACUAUUAGCUUCUCAGGAAGGUCUCAUGUCCUUGUGGAGAUGAGCUGUUGUGAGCAAGGCGGGUGCCACACCUGUCACAUUGCAAUGAAUGAGGAUGCUGUUGUUGAAGAUGGGCCACCGUCAGCUGGAGCGGAGCCCCUCAUGCAUCCCGCUGGGUACAUAGUGUCUGCUAUAGCUCUCUUCUUCAUUGGAUUCUUUGGAUUCUUCUUCAAUCUCCUGGUUAUUAUCCUCAUGUUCAGAGAGAAGCAGCUGUGGACACCGCUAAAUGUAAUUCUCUUCAACCUGGUGUGCUCAGACUUUGCUGCAUCCAUCCUGGGGAACCCCAUUACCCUGACCGCUGCUCUGGCCCAACACUGGAUCUUCGGCCAGACUGUGUGCGUUAUAUAUGGGUUCCUCAUGUCAUUAUUAGGUAUAACAUCGAUAACCACACUCACUGUGCUGUCCUUUGAACGGUAUGUGAUGAUCUGCAGGCCUUUCCAGAAAUAUAACUUGAACAGGAGCGGGGCACUCAUUCUGGUGUGUGCCAUCUGGUUAUAUGCUCUGUCUCUCACAGUACCUCCUCUCAUUGGCUGGGGUGCCUUUGUUCUUGAAGGUGCAAACAUCAGUUGUUCUGUUAACUGGGAGAGUCACACAUACAAUGCAAUGACAUACAUCAUGUUCCUGUUCACCAUGGGCCUCGUGGUACCAAUUGGCAUCAUUCUGUUCUCCUAUCUAAAUAUCAUCAGAACCAUGAGACAGAGCACCUUGGAGGCAGGACGUGUCACCAAGGCAGAGACCAGAGUUACCCUCAUGAUUGUAGUGAUGAUUCUGGCAUUUCUGGUGGCAUGGAGUCCCUAUGCAGUGUUGGCUCUGGUGGUUGCUUUUGGCGACUCAGGUAUCGUGAGUCCAGGCCUUGCUGUGGUUCCAGCUAUCAUUGCCAAGUCCAGCUUUUGCUACAACCCACUCAUAUAUGUUGGACUGAACACCCAGUUCCAGUUGGCAUGGAAACGACUCCUUGGUGUUCAUGUGACCGUUGAUACUUCCCAUGGUGUGGAUGGGGAACACACGAGUGGCACUAAUACAGAAAGUGCUUUGGAAGGGACUCCAUCUGCAAGGUUCAGAGGGUCCAAGUUUCUCUCUUUCAUAUUCAAAGUCCCAGAUCAUGAUAGUAUUCAGUCUCUGUCAACGUGUGCAGCAACGACUGUAACUAUUGGCACAUUACAUGAAGUUAAGGAGUGUAGUGGACCAGCAUUAGUGGAGAACCAGGAGAAGGGAGAAGCAAGUGCUAUGAGAGAAGGACAGGAAGGGCCAGUUGCAGUAGAACAAAGAGAAAUAAGAGAUGAUAUGCAGUCAAACAGCUUUCAAGAGAGCAAAGUAGAAUGAUUAUGAAUGUGUAAAUAUGUGUUACAUCUGAAUUCAGUUUUUAAGUAUUCCUAUUAAAGUGUGCAAAUGUAACUGUGUUAUACCUAAUGGCAAAUCAAGCAUGAUCCACAAAUGCACCCUUUUAAAUGAUAGAGUCUGCUACAUACACAAAAUAUUGUUUUAGGGAAGAAUAAUAUUUGACAGCAUAGACAUAUCUUUUGGAAUUUUGCCACUUUCAAUAUCACAACUAAUAAAUAUCCUUUUACACUGUUUUCCUAGCUUUUAUGACCAGACACUCAGGGUUUUUAAAAUUAUACAAAAAAUCAGCAUCCAUAACUAACCUGAUUUGAACUGAGCCUGAAAUGUUACUGUUUAUGCAAGAGCACUUAUAGCAAUUAUGCAUAUGUAAAACUUCAGAUAUUGUAUGUAAAUCUUACUUUGAAAAUGUGUAACAUAACCCCGUAUUUAUACUAAGCUGGCAUAAUUUUACUGAUAUAAGAUCUUAAAAAGGAGGUAGAAUAAAUUUGCCUCUACUUUUACAAAAUUUACUCCUUGCUUGUGUGUGGUACAUAACUCAUGUGUGUAAUUUGUGUUGUGCCAUAGCUCAAGUGGUUAGUUGCUGGCUUUCCACCGCGGCGGCCCGAGUUCGAUCCAGGGUCUGGUCAAG